CAUUGUUAUUUUCUGGGUUUUUAUGAGCGUAUAAGGAAGACGUAGCACUAAGAUGAGAAUUAGAGCACGACUGGUUCAUCAUACGCGAUCGUUUAUGCAAAAAAAUACUGAUUAAUGUGUUUAUGGUAAUCCAUUAAUUUUGCUGGGGAAUUAGCCAGGUGAUAUGGCCAAGUUCGGGCGAAAAAUCAAAUAAUCAUAGUAAUAAGAUACAUAUGGGGAAGCCUUGAAAUCCUUUUGGUGCAUCCUAAAUCAGGAAUACUGGAGCCAUUCAGCACAAUGUACCCAUGUUACGGGCAGGUGAAGUGAUAACAUAUCAGACCAAUGCAAAUAUAUGACCACUUAGGGUCGGAUUAAACACCCGCUCUAGUUUUCUAUGUAAAGUGAUUGGAAGAUUUGCUUUGCCAAACAGGUUGGAACAUUAAACUUUCAACAUUUUUGACGAUAAGAGCUAACUACCAUCGUACCUUAAAGCUCUUCAUUUUAAAUUCCAAGUUCUUAGCCAAAUGAAGAAAAGCUAUGAUUUUCAAUUCCUAAAGGGGGAAGAGCUUAAGUUUUCUUAGCAGCUAGAAUAGCAUUUUUAAUCGUUUCUACGGUUUUGUUGAACCUUGAUGUUAACUAAAGAUUGAACCGACUGAGCCAACUUGCAUUUUCGGCAACGGAUUGUUGAUGUAUUGAGGUCUCUUUUAACUGACAGCGAGUGGCUGCCGUAACGUACGACUCGUUUGGUUUUGGUGGAUCAAACGUGCAUUUAAUCCUUCGAAAAAUUACUGCGAAGCAAUGUCGCAUGAAAAAAGUGGUUUUUACCGAAGCAAUGUUCUCACACUCUCAGCGCGUUCUAAAGAAGCUUUAAAGAAGAUGGCUCAUCAGUACUCUAAACGGAUUAAAGAUAAUGUGGAGGAGAUGGAUGAAACCACCGUGGCAAACUUGUGCUUCUCUUUGAAUGAAAGCCGGAGUCGGUUUCCGCACCGAUUGGCAGUUCUCUUCAGCUCCACUGCUGAAGCAUCUCAGUCUUUGUCACAAUUCGCAAGUGAAUCCGUGGGUUGGGAUAAGCUGAUUUCUUACGCCGAAGCGAGUUCCAACAACGGAAAACUCGUUUUCAUGUUUGGUGGUCAAGGAUCUUAAUGGUAUGCAAUGGGGAGACAACUAAUUGAAUGUGAAGCCACCUUCAGAGACGCUGUCUCGGUGGUGAACAAUUUACUUAAGAAUCUAGGUGUGACAUGGAAUCUCAUGGAUGAGUUGAUGGCUAACGAAGGAGAGUCAAGAAUUUCUGAGAAUUACAUCGCUCAGCCGGCAACUUUUGCCAUCCAAUAUGCGACUGCAAAACUGAUAAUGUCAUGGAAAAUCCAUCCGUCUGCCGUCAUUGGGCAAAGCUUAGGAGAGAUUGCAGCUGCCUGUAUUGCCGGCAUCAUUACUGUCAAAGAAGCAGUUCAAUUAGUCUUAGCUCGGUCCACCCUUCAAGAUAAAUGUGCUGAGGACGGUGGUAUGGCUGCUUUAGGUAUGUCCGAAGCAAAGGCGAGGGCGUUAUUGGAGUCUUUGCAGUUAAGCCACAAGCUUGACAUAGCAGCAGUGAAUGAUGCAGACAGUGUUACUGUUGCUGGAGAAUCCCAAUCAAUUGAAAUUCUCGGUCAACAUCUGGUAACAUACGCAACAGAUAUCUUCUGGUGUAUUCUUGGUACUAAACGCGCUUUUCAUACCAUUUACAUGGAACCGAUUAAAGAGCCGUUUUUUACAGCUGUAAAACGCAUCAACCUGAAGCCUCAGCUGUCAAAAAUCCCGAUGUAUUCUACGGUAAAAGGCGAAGUUCUGUCGGGCCAGCAGUUUAACGGUGACUAUUGGUGGCAAAAUAUUCGCUCUCCAGUCCAGUUUUACCCAGCCAUGAAGCAAAUUCUCAGCGGUGGUUUCAAACAGAUUAUCGAGAUAAGUGCACAGCCAAUGUUAGCCCAUUACGUUAAACAGAUUGCCCGUCAAGAAAAUCUAAAAGACCAAGAAACUCCAGUUGUAUUGGCAACACUUCCUCGAAAAAGGGUACCUGUCGAAGAUCAACACAAAUCCUUCCUCCUAAACACAGUUUGUCAACUGUACACGAUGGGACAUUCCAUAGAUUGGACAUGUGUGCAGAAGAAUCCAUCAGCAGAGUUUGUUCGUUCUCUCAACUAUCCCUGGCUAGAGAAAAGCUUCUGGUUCGACGAGCGUUCAACUUUUGCCACAAUCCCUCCCAUCGGAUCAAAGAAAACAGCAAAGGAAUCGUCACAUCCGUUUCUUCCCAAAGAGAAAAUGGCUGACCCCUACUCACACUUGCACUGCUGGGAAACUGAGAUUGACCUCCAUCGCUUUCCAACACUCAAGGAUCACUCUUUUAUCCAGGGAGGUGCCGUUAUGCCUGGUGCAGUGUAUUUGGAAAUGGCAUUUGGAAUGGUGAAGGACAAAUUCACAGACGUGGCUGGCUUGGAGCUUAGUGAUGUAAAUCUCUAUAGCAUUCUUACCCUCCCCGAAACACAGGUUCGAUGUCUACGGCUUCGGCUUGAAAAGAGCAACAGAAUUAAUGAAGCUCAAUUUCAUAUUACAAGUGUUCAGGAUGACGAGUCUGAAAUAAAUUUGAGCCGGGGGAACAUCUCCAUAGAUCUGUUGGAAAGUCGCCACAGUUUUGAUAAUACAGUUCCCAUGCCAGGGGGUUCUACUAUAAAUGAGCUGAAAGCAGAUAUGGAACAAAUGCCUGUGGAGAGCUUUAAACGACUAACAGAAAAGUUUGGCUUUAACUAUGGUUCCAAAUUCUCAUUAAUCAAACAGAUAUGGCAUCGAGACAACGAAGGAUUUUGUUUGAUUGAUAUAAGUGAAUCGCCAACCAUUCAGAACGAAAGCAGUGCUUACGUCUUACAUCCCUGCAUUAUAGAUGCUUGUCUUCAAUCCUGCUUCGUUGCCCUAGGAGAAUUAGAAGGCGAUGAUACAUCCAUUGUGCCUGUGGGGUUCAAAAGCGUUACCCUUAACCACGUUCCAUCUACCAACCAACUUUAUUGUCAUGCCAUUGAGACCAAACUUGGAAGCUUUGAUGUUCGGUUGAUGAGUCCUUGUGGAAGAGUUUUGCUAACCAUGGGUGACUUCCGUUUGGCAGGAGUGACGAGCACGGAACGUGAAUAUCUUUUCGAGGAGCUUAGGUACGAGGUGCAAUAGAUUCAAGAUGAUUUA